AGUGGAACCGUUACCAACGAUUUGUUUGUGUAUCAAGUGCAACGAUGAAGGUGAUUUUCGUGAUGGUGUUCAUAUUUUACUUAGAGAACUUUGUCGCUGUCCCAAUAGAAGAUAAUUAUAAUGAUUUAAACGAGGAAGGACGCCUUCAUCAUCGCAAGAAAAAAAAGCCGUGCCAAAACGGUCAUGGGAGAACGUUCUUUGACUGGCAUUAUUCCUAUAUUAACGUAUUCAACACGUUCCUAACGGAUUGCGAUGGUGGUUACUACCCAAUUAAACCCCAAGGAAUUCACAACGGCGGUGGAUUCCCCGGCCAUCAUCAACAUGGUGGCGGGUUGCCCGGCCAUCAUCAACAUGGUGGCGGGUUUCCCGGCAAUCACCACCAUGGAGGCGGAUUGUUUGGUCCUCACUACCAGUCGAAUGUUAAUAAAGACGGUCCUUUCGGUCUCGGUCUAUUUAGUUGGCCCAAUUUGGGAUUAUUUGGUAGCAAUAAUAAUAAACCCAAACCUCAAGACACCGUGUCUGAACCGGCCCAGGUUGAAGAACCUUCGACCGAAUCAAACGAUUAUGAGGACGAAAAACCGGUCAAUGAAGACGACCAUGAUGAUGUUGCGCUGGAUCGAUAUCAAAAUUCGAAGGAUGUAACUAACUUUAAUCCUUCCAAAAUCGUGAAGAGGGUAAAUAAGGGGUUUGACAACUUCUUCAAGCCAUUCUUCGAUUUAUUUAGGAAGUGAACUUAACUCUGGGCUUUAACUAACUGUGAUAACUUAGGAAUUAAGGGUUUGUUUUAACGUAUAUUACAUUUUAGAUCAGGAUGAACAAUUUUGAGGAAAUAAAUA